CGCUUGCAUUAUCUCGUCAAUGAACAUGGAGCAGUAGCAGCACCAGCAGCAGCAGCAGUAACAUCAUUUGUAGCUUGAAUUUAAUUCAUCGAGGGAAAAAGAAAUUGAUCGGUGAACACAUCAAAAUCGAUUUUACAGUGUGUGCAAAACUUGUGUGAUUAGUUGGUCGAUGACGGUGAUGGUGGCGGAAAAAUAGUAUUAAUCACGAACAAAAUUAAACGGAGAGUGAAAAUAUGUUUAUUUUAUACAUUAUUUUAGCCAUAUUAUGGCUAUAUGUAAUAUGGACUCGACGCAACAUCUAUAUAUUAUCAUGGAAAAUGCCUGGACCCACUGUGUACAUUCCAAUCGUUGGCAAUAUUCUUGGAAUGUGGAAUGAGGAAGAAAAUUCAAAGUAUUUGGACGAAAUUAGUCAAAAGUAUCCGAGCCCAACACGAGUUUGGAUGGGACCGAAUCUAUAUAUUUUCGUUCAUGAUGCCGAAUCGGCAGAACAAGUGCUGAAGGGACGAUCAACAUUAAACAAACCAAAAGUGUACGAAGCAAUUCAUGAUGCGCUCGGUGGUGAUGGCCUUUUUUCAAGCAAUGGCGAAGUUUGGAAAAUGCAUCGAAAACUCAUGAGCCCAUCGCUAAAAGACUCAACCGUUUUUAGUCAUUUAUCCAUUUUCAACUACUAUAUACGCGAAUUUUGCAAUACAAAACUCGAUGAUGAGUCUAAAAAUGGAAAACCUUUUGAUGUGAUGUUGCCACUGAAUGUGUGUCUGCUCUCAAUGUACUUGGAUGCAACGCUCGGCAUUGAAUGGCACCAGAAAACGGCGUACGCGAACUUCUUCAGCGAUGCAAUUUCGGCGGUAAUACAACGGAUGUUUCGUCCAUGGCUGCAAGUUGAAUGGUUCCGCAAAAUCACAAACUACCAAAAGAAACUUGUGUACUUUCAAAAGUUUAGUGACGAAGUUAUGGACGGGAUAAUUAAACGGUCAUUGGAAAAUGGAUCCAACGGCAAUACUUUUCUCGAUAAGCUGAUUACAGUGUCACAGCAAAACAAAAACUUCACGCUUCAGGACAUCAAAGUCGAAGCUCAUACUCUCUUAAUCGGCGCGAGCGAUACAACAGGCGUGUCACUAUCGACAUUAUUGCUUAUGUUAGCAAUGCACGAGGAUGUUCAGGAGAAAGUAUAUCAAGAGCUGUUAAAUAUAAUGCCAAAUUCAGAUGUUGAUCUAACGCCAGCCCUUAUCAAUAAAAUGAUUUAUUUGGAUCAAUGUUUGCGUGAAACACAACGAUUAUUUCCAACGGUGCCAUUGAUUGGACGAGCCGCAAACGAAACAAUCAAUCUCAAAGGAUACGAUAUUCCGGCAAAUAUACCGAUUUUCAUUGGCAUUCGUCAAAUACAUCGACGCGAUAACUACUACGGACCGACUGCCCAUCUUUUUGAUCCAGAUCGCUUCAAACCAAACGAAAAUCAUCCGAAUAAAGAGCAACAAGGAAUCUAUUUGCCAUUUUCCCUAGGACCACGCAAUUGUAUCGGUUAUAGUUAUGCAAUUUAUACAAUGAAACUGGUCGCUGCACACAUUCUUCGCAAUUAUCACCUUAAAACACCACUUAAAUUACACGACCUCAAGGUAAAACUUUCGAUAAGUUUUCGUCUUAUUAACAAGCACUUACUCUCAGUACACAAGCGAGACAACUAAAUCGAACAUCUUCUUCUAUUCGGAAAACUUUGAAAUUGAAAAUACAUACAACUCGAAAAGCGAAGUGAAUUCAACCAAUACAAUUGAAAAAAAAAAAUGAACCGAAACCUAAUUGCUAUAAAUAUGUUAUUUUUUUGUUAUAUUCUCCCUUA